UCUCCCUGGAGCGGCGAUCUUUCGGCUGGGUGUGCUUGCCCCAGAUUGAGGGGACCCAAUGCCCCCCUAGAUAUUGUGUUGCUUGGUUCGUGGUCAGCAGAGUGGUUAUGUGUUCCACCCGGGCCACGUGUAAAGCGGCGGAACAGUGGGCAGGGAUGAAAAUAGAUACGCGUGGAAGCAGAAUUUAGAAUCCGUCUCUUCAAAUCAUCUUUCACACCACCCAAUAGUAUCUUGAUUCACCAUGGCAUUGGCAGCAGUAAAAUGGGCAAUAUCAAACAGAACUGUCUGGAAACAUUUAUUUUCAAUUCAAAAACCCAGCCUCAAGACUGAUGAUGGAGCUUUAUAUUGUUUUUGUCAUAAAUCUACGUAUUCUCCUCUACCGGAUGACUAUAAUUGCAAAGUAGAGCUUGCUUUGACAUCUGACGGCAGGACGAUAGUAUGCUACCACCCUUCUGUGGACAUUCCAUAUGAGCAUACAAAACCUAUCCCUCGGCCAGAUCCUGUGCAUAAUAAUGAAGAAACACAUGACCAAGUGCUGAAAACCAGACUAGAAGAAAAAAAUGAACACUUUGAGCAAGGACUCAUGAUAGAACAACUUAGCAAAAUGUUCUUUACUACUAAGCACCGUUGGUAUCCUCGUGGACAGUAUCAUAGACGUCGUAGGAAACUGGAUCCUCCAAAAGACAGAUGAUACUGAGGUUUUCAGGAAUCAAAAAGAUGUUAUCUUGUGUCUCAUUUGCCAUUUGAGAAACGCAAUUGAGUAUUUUCACUAAUAUGUUAUAUAGCAAAAUAAUAAUAAAAUGUCUUUUCAUAUGUUAGAAUGUGUAUUUCUUUAUAUAUAAUAGGGAAUUGUGGAUUUGACAUUCUUAUUUACAGAAACCUAUUUCAUCUUUGCUUUUGAGAUAUUAAGGUCUACCAUUUAUUUUUAUGUGUCUAGUGUGAUUAAGUAUUUAUACAUAAUCAGUCAUAUAUUGUUAGUAGUAUAAAUAUGAUUAAUAGAAAUGUGCAUGGUUCUCCUUCUCAAGGAGAUUUUCAAAUAGCUUUUGAAAAGAAACGCAUGAAGUCCACCCAGAAAAUAAAUGUUACAAUUCUUUGUUGUGGCUUCUAGGAAAUUAUUAAAUUACUGUUGACUCUUGAACAACAUGAGUUUGAAUUAUGUGGGUCCACCUAUACACAGAUUUUUUCAUAAAUGAAUAAAUGAAUAAAUAAAUAUAAAGUCCA